AUGGAUUUAUUUGAUGAACCUGAGAAGGCUAUUCACUCUGAAGCCAUGGCAGCAGAUAAUAAGGUGGAUCACCUUAAGAAAAUUAUCGAAGACGCAGCCAAACAAAUGGCAGAAGAAGAACCGGUUAGAAACGAACCUCCUCAGAGCAAUACUUCAGUCGAAGGGGAGAAUCAUUUCUCUUCAGAUCGACAGGACUCACAUAUCCAGGGGGAGGGUCCAUCAUUUUCAAUCGACGAUAAAGCUCAUGGCCAGGGGAAGAAUCCAAUCUUUGACGGAACUGCAAGCCCAUCCAGAACCGAAAGCCCGGUUGCACCCGAAAGUCCUAUAGCAACCGAAAGUCCGGAACAGCCCGAAAGCCCAGUCGAAGAAAGAAUUUUUGGUUCACAUCCAAAUGAUUCAUCAUCUGUCGAGGGGGAUAAUUCCAAUAUGCAGUUCUGGACGCUCGUCACCAAAUGGGCAAUGGACAAGUACCAUGUCCCCACUGUGGCCACUUCUCCACUCUCCUCGAUUGGCGUGUUACACACUACAAAAAUCAUUGUCACUAAUCCCUCCAAGUUCAUCUUUGUUGGCUCAAUUCCUGAGUCCAUGUAUGCUUGUGUAUUAGAGGAGAGCCACAUCAUCAAGACCUACAAGGAGUUUCUUCCUUCGGGUCCAAGAGAGCUGAUUGCAGAGAUGCUUCAGUCCAUCAAUGACGCAGACAAACCUGCUCCUAGGGGCAAGAAACCAGAGAAAGGGAAAGGAAAGAAAGUGGUCAAAGGGGCGCAAGGCCCUACUCUUAGGAAGAGAAAAUCAACAAAGGCAGCCCAAUCACCUCCACCGAAGAAGGAGAAAACACAGCCUAAACGAAAACUUAUUCUUACUUCUUCCUCAAGGGAAUCAGAGGAUGAAAGUUCAGACUCAGAGGGGUCGGUUCGAGGCGACUCUCCUCCCCGUUCACCUUCACCUGAGGUACCAGUCACAACCGAACCUGUCUCUUCUCCACCUAUCACUAUUCCUAUUUCCAUUCCCCCCAUAACUUCCUCCACUCAUAUUCCACCUACUUCUAUUCCUAUACCACCUACCAUUUUCUCUGAAGCCACAAAAACAACAACCACUGGAGUUCGAACCAACGUAUCUGAUACGAGGGAUUGUACUUCAGCACCCAAACACACACUUACAACCAAACCCACUUUCACACCCGAACCUACUCCCACAACCCAACCUCCAACAUCGCCGUUAUCUCCCAAUCACUCAGUCGAAACCGAGUCAUUUCUAGGAGGGGAAGAUAUGACCUUCAAUUCAGUUUACUACAGUCCCUAUCAGGUUCAUUGCGAUGAUGAUGAUGAUGCUCCUGUCACCAAAAAGCACAUCAAGGAACUGCACGAGAAGAUUGAUAAUCUCAUUGCUUCUUCCUCCUCCUCUCGGUCCCAUAUCACGGAAGCUGCCAUUCAGGGGAUGGUCGAUACUUUCACCAAGGAACACGAAGCCUCCAUCAACUCUACUACUGUUGCUAUUGAUUCAUCAACAAAGGCUUGUGUUGCAGCGACCGAAAAAGUCAAAAAACUAUUUCGAGAUGCUACCAUCUUUUUGGAGUCUUUACAUGGGGCAACCGAAUCUAAUGCAACAAAGGUUAAUUCGGCUGUUGAGAAGCUGGCUAUUUCCUUUGAAACAGAACAUCAUCACUUCGCCAGUCUUCGUCAGACCCUAGAAGCUGACAACAAAUCUUUCCAAACAACCAUUGAGGAUCACCUGACCAAGCUCCAAGAAGACCUUGCCACGGAAAAUUCUGUGAUGGAUGCGCUUGCACGCAAAACAACUGCGCUAAAAAUCAAGAGUCUUCAACUUUCCCAAACUGAGAAGGAGGUUGAUUCUCUUCGAUCCGAGCGUGUUGUGGUUAGGAGUUGUGUUUCGGAUGUCCAUGGAGCCCACUCGAACAUCAUUGAAGCGCAUGACCCGAUUCUCAACUACUCAGUGAGGCGAACUCUUGCUGAGAAACUUGCUCCUACCCUUUCCAUGCUCAGCAAAAUUGAGGGGCUUCCUGAGCAAGUGGUCCAUCGAAAACAAGGGGGAGAAGGAGCUUCAAAGGGCAGUAAUCAAUCUCAACCUCCUCCUGUUUCCACAGCUCAGUCUCAACCGCCUCUAAUUUCUUCAUCAGUUCCAACUAAAGCAACCGAACCACCAACAACUGGUCAUGCAUCAGGUUCGGGUGCUCAAGAAAAAGGCAAAAAGGUUCUCGAUGACAGUGAUGGAGACGAAGACAAAGAAACCAUUGCUGAUAUUUUGAAAAAACAUGCCAGGGAUAAGGAACCGGACAUGAAUGCUCCGAUUGCUAGGGAGGCCGAAGCAAAUGAAAGGAGGAUGAAGGAGGUAGCCAAGAUGGAUCAGGAAAUUGCAAAUGUACUUAGGAAGAAGCCCACCAUCUCCCCAGUCGGUUCUGCAAGUGAUCUGAAUAAAAUGCAGAUGGGGAGGAUUGAUCCAAAGCGAAACUUGGUUAUGUUCACCAGGAAUGAAGGCCAGAAAUGUCUGUUCGCUUUAGCUGAUAAACAUCUUUAUACCACUACAUGUCUGGAGCCUGUUCUAGGGAUCAUCAAUCGGUGUAAGCAAAAUUCUGAAGAUGAUAAGAAAUACUUCAAUGACAUGAUCCACUGGUAUAUUCGUUUCCGACGAACUAUUAUUGCCCUCAUUCCUUUCCUGUUCGAAACCACGAAGAAGGUUAAUGCUGUAGGAUCCAGUAAGCCAAAGUAG